CUCUCGUUUCGUUUCCAGUUUCCUUUCCCCUCCCAACCCGCCGCCGUUUCUUCAACUCCAAGGGAAGGGGGAAAGGCGACGCGACGCUUUCUUGGGCGCCGCGUCUCCCCUUCCCUUCCCUCACGAGUCUCGUCUACUGAUUUGAUUUGAUCCUCGCGAGCGUUGCGGGGAUUUUGAUCCAUCAUCGAUCUGGACGUUUUGGUUUUUUUUUUUUUGGGGGGGUGGGGGGGGAAUUGUGGUGUUGGUUGGGGGGGAUGGGGUUGCUGUUCGUGCAGCGACUGGACGGGAACGGGGUGUUCAAGUGCAGGCGAUGCCGCGUCGACGCCGCGUCCAAGGACGCCAUCAUCUCCAAGGAGUUCCAGGGCAGCUCCGGCCGCGCCUACCUCUUCGAUCAUGUAGUGAACAUAUGCUUAGGCCCUAACGAGGAUCGUUAUCUUAUAACUGGACUGCACACGGUGAAUGACAUCUACUGUAGCUGCUGCCAACAGAUUCUUGGCUGGCGAUAUGAGAAAGCCUACGACCAAAGCCAGAAAUACAAGGAAGGGAAGUUCAUUCUCGAAAGAGCAAGAAUGUGGAAGGACAGCUAAUGAUGGUGGAAUGCUUGUCAACAGCCAAACACGGAACUUGUAUAUGUUUUUUUUAUCAGUUGCCAAUAUUAGUAGUCUAGACAAAUUUGAAAUCAAUCUGCCAUUUGAUUGAUGAACAUUGAACUCAAAAGAAAGGUAGUUUGUACCGAAUGUUAUUUGACACAUAAUGAUAGCAUCUUGGUUUUCAGUUA